AUGAAAGUAUCAGUUAAUCGUUUAUUGAAAACACGGAAUUGUUCGUUAAUUAAUUUUUCUCGAUUAUUUUCAAGUGGACAAGAUAAAAAAAUUCAAGGAAUACGAGAUAAUUUUAGUGAAUAUGAAGUUCGUUUACAUUUUGAUAAAUGGUUAAAAUCUUUAUGGUUGGCGCCUAAUCAAUGGGUAAAUUCAACAAGAGAUGGUUCAAUUCGAGUUACUCGAUGUUUUAUACCAUUUUGGAGUAUUAAUUUUCAAGGAGAUAUUCAAUGUACUCUUAGUACAAAAGCAAACUUUCCUUUUAGACAUGAUGAAAAUUAUUAUUCACAAAAAGAAUGGCAUACAUUUCCUUUACAAAUGAAUAAUAUUUCUUUAAAUAAUAUUAAUAUUUAUGCAGCUAACAAUUUAGAUAAAUAUCAUAUACAAAAAUUAGAUGUAUCUUUUGACGAUGUUGAACCUAUUGAUUUAACUGACAAAGAUUAUAUUAUUGAAAAAUGUACUAUUGAUCAAGAUACAGCAUUCAAAAAUGCGUGGAUUCUUAUUAUGAAACCUUUAUUAGAAAAUAUGUGUCUUGAAGAAGCAAAAAAGAUUUAUCCAAAAUUUGAAGAACCUCGAAUUGAUUCAUUUCAUUUAAUAAUGAAUUCAAAACAAGAACGUCUUUUAUAUUAUCCAAUAUAUAUAAUUAAUUAUAAAUAUGAUUCUCAAUUAAUUUAUACAUGUUUAUUUGAUGGUGUAACUGGUCAUAUAACUGGUGAUAGACAAUUUUCAGCAAUAAAAGUUACUCUAGCAUCAUUAAUAGCAUUUUAUCCAAUGAUUAAAAUUGGACUUUUUAGUUUUGGUACACUUGUAGAUUUUUUAUUUGCAUUUGAAAUUGCAUCAGAACUUAGUUUUUCUGUUGCUCUUCCGAUGGCUUUCAUUAUUGCACCUUUGAUUGGAUUUUAUGCACGUUCAUAUCCAAGAUCAUAUAAAAAACAGAUUAGUAGUGAACAAUGGACUCAAGAUCAAUUUAAAGCAUUAAAAUUUACUUAUGCAUUUGAUCAACAACAAAAAAAUCAAAUAUCAAAUGAUGAUUCAUCUGUUCACAUAGCAUCGGAUGAUGAGAUCAAAUCUAUAAAAGAGCAGCAUAGUGACCUAAAUGAUUCUGCUGAUAAAUUAGAAAAACGACGUAUUUAA